CCGUGGCUUCCCGACGAGGACGAACGCGUCCGGCAACUCGUCGAGGCCCGCGGACCGAAGCUCUGGGCAAAGAUGGCCGUCGAGUUCAACGAGACGCUGGCCAAGGAGGACCGGCGGACCCAGUCGCAGAUCCGCACUCGCUGGCGCGAUCACCUCGACCCGAGCGUCAACCGGGACCCCUUUACCGACCGCGAGAUCGAGAUCAUCCGCGACGCGCAGCGCCGAAUGCCCAACGAGUGGGUCUUGAUCGCGGCGCUGCUCCCCGGGCGCAUAGACACCCAGGUCAGCGACUACUGGUACCAGACGAUCAGGAAG